AUGAAAGUCGAGAUAGGUGUUAUAUCUGGCUUAUCUUAUGACUCAUACCCGGUAGUUACUAUCACUAUUAAUGAUAAAAAGUACCUUUUUAACAGUCCUUCAUUCACACAAAGAUGUUUAAUGAAUGCGAACGUCAAAUUAUCAAAUGUGAAUGCUCUUUUUGUUACAAGUAACAGUUAUAGAGCUAUUGCAGGUCUUUGCGGUUAUGUAAGCGAAUGUCUAAUGACUAGCCAAACAAUUCCAAUUUAUUGUGCAAAGAGCUGUGCAUCAGCUGUUAUCUUAACAUCAAAAUAUUCUGACAUACAUUGCGAUGUACCAUAUAAAGAUCAGUUCGUUAAUAUAGAACCAAUUGAACUUACUAAAUCUGUUUCUUAUGUAAUGACUAUUCCUGAUGAGCAGCCAAAAUUUGAUGCAAAGAUUGCCAAAUCAUACGGUGUCAAGGCUGGUCUUGACUUUAAGAAGCUAAAAGAAGGUAAUUCCGUUACAUUAGAGAAUGGUCAGGUAAUUACCGCAGAAAUGUGCAUUGGUAAUGUUGAAAAAGGAGGUAAAAUACUUAUUACUGAAGUUCUUGAUCUAAAAGAUCUCGAAAUCCUCAAGAAUAUCGAAGAUUAUGUUUGUAUCGUUCAUUUCUCAUCUCCUGAGAUGCUAAAACAAGAACAAUACCAAGCAAAAUUUGCAAAUGCGCAAACAAACAUUGCUUUCAACAUGGAUGGAAGAAUAUGCUACUAUACGGGCUACGAUUUCUUCGAAAAGCACCAUAAGAAAGAUCCCAAGUUAGUUGAUAAGCUUGCUGUAGGAAAACCAGCUGAAAACAUUGGUAUUUUCAAGUCAUAUUUCAAUGGUGAUGUUUUUGUCGCUUUUCCAGAAUCAAAAAGAGGUUUUUCAAGGGCAUAUAAACUCAGAGACUUCGAAGAAUACGAACCACCAAAGUUACAAUUUAAUAAAUUAGCUAUUACGAUGUUAGGAACAAAUGCAGGCUUCACACAUCUCCACAGAGUUGCCUCUUCAAUAAUUGUCCAUACAAAUGAUGGAAAUAUCAUCCUGGACUGCGGAGAAGGAUUUUUGGAACAAUUAAGAAGAAAAUACGGUUUGGAACAGGCCAAUCAGAUGAUUGCUGAUACAUUAGCAGUCUAUACAACACAUUUCCACUGGGAUCAUUGUGGUGGAAUCCAAUCUUUGCUUGCUGAAAGAAGAAAAUUUACAAAUCGAAGGAUUCCUGUGUUUUGUGAUGAUUUCUUCAUCGAAUACUUGAAGUGUGAUGAACAAACAGAUGGAGAUUACAACGUAGAUUUCAUUUUGAGAAACGAAAAUACUUUUAAUUAUAAUAAAUUUGUUUUGAGAACGAUACCUACUGAGCACUGUGAGAAUUCGAUGGGCUGCUGCUUGGAUUACGACGGAUUAAGGGUUGCUUACCCAGGUGAUCAUCAUAUUUUAGAUAAAUUCGGAGAAACAGUUGGCCACUGCGAUAUUUUGAUCCAUGAAGCCACAAAAGGUGACAGAGAAGAUUCCCAUGAAGAAGCUUGGGGACACAGCUCUGUUUGGUCGGCAGAAAAAAUUGGAAAUAAUUUGGGAGCAAAACUUAAUGUUAUUACUCAUAUAUCAAAGAGAUUCCAGGAAAAGGAAAUCACUGCUCCUUCGCCAAACAUGGUUUUCGCAUUUGACUUCAUGACAGUGAGACUUGAAGACAAAGACGAAUUGAGAGCGGCUUUUGACAGGACAAUUCCUUUUAAAUAA